AUGAGCAAAGUCGUCUGCAUAAUCUUUCUCUUGGCUACCCUUCUUGCUGUAAUUUCUACCCCAGCCGCAGCCGCCGGUCUUGAAAAGAAAUGGAAUAAUCAAUGCUGUCCGAUCGCUCUCUGUGUAUUCAAAAAGGGUAGCAACUUUGAACACCGACGCAAGACUAAACGCAAUACAAACUUGUUUGACGGAUUUAUGCAAUUCACGGAAACGUUUGACAACCAAUUAUAUAUCAGCGGUUUCCUGGAUGUUGAACACGUUAAAAAGGAGGUCCCGGCUGAUAAUCUCAACCCUGAAUUUGACGUACACAUAAACAAGUGCAAUGACGUGAGCUUUAAUAAUAUUGAAGAAGGCCUUGAUUUGGACGAUGUUGAUGACAUUUUCGAUCUACCAUUCGUUAAAGUUGUCAAAAACAAGAAGGUUGAAGAUGUUGUUGACAAAUGCUGUAUUGUAGCAAAGGAUGUAGGCAAUAAGCAUCAAGUUCUGGGUGUUGCAAAGGUGAAGCAAGCUGUAAAGUGCAACCCUAACAAUAUUGUUCUAGGUAGUGACUUCAACUAA